AUGAAUCGAUUUGCCGAUGUAGACUAUGAAAAUAAGAGACUUCCAUCAGUCUAUGGAUAUUGGGAUCAUCCUAUUUGGCCUUUUGAAAAGACAAUGGAGCCUAUCAAAUGUCAAAUUAACCGGCUUGAUCGAUUCACCAAAGUGGCGAAACAAGAUUGCCAUUUUCCUUCGGAACAUGGUCUUACCCGUGAUGAAUCAGCUGCGGUAUAUUUGUAUACAAUGGAAUGGGGCGAUAACAGCUUAUAUCGUGUAUUAAAUAGAGCAUUACGAUCGGAUGAUAGAGAUGCUGUUAAGCCAUGGUUUCCCUUUCUGAGACUGUUUGAAUCAGCACUUGAAAAACUACCAUCUGUAAAAAAAAGGCGUAUGGCGCGGUGUCUUCGAAGACAUUAG